UGGAAAAGUAAUAAAAUAAAUAAAAAUUGAAACAUACGAAGUUGGAAAUAUAAAUUGCAAUUAUGUCUACGUUUUUUGUUUCUUUUAUCUUUAUUACUGCUGAAGUGUGCUGUUAAGGAAACAGCAUCACAGUCAUUAUGUGAGCAAGAAAGUUUAUCUCUAUCUGUAAUAGUGUUCUAUAUUAUUUUCAUUAUAGCAGUGAUUUUUGUUAGAUACAAAUGAAAGCAAAACUAAUAGUAAUCAUAAAUAUGUUGUAGGAAGAGAAUAUACGAACAAAUAUAAAACAAAAUUAUAUAUUAGUAGUAGACAUUCUGCAGUUUAAUGUGUAUGAUAUGACAUAUCACUGCACAGUAAGCGCCAUAAUUGUUUAAUAUAAAUGUAUGCUUUAUAAUUAUAGCAACUUUAUCCAGUUUACUGACAUGAACACUCUGGUGUGUUAUAUGAUAUUAGCAGUGAUCACGUCCAGAGCAUCUGGGGAUGAAAACAAGGUUUGUGUGAUUGAGGGAAAUCGAAUAGAAAUUCCAGCACCUUCAAACGAGGAUAAUUUAAGUAUAGGGUCGGUGAACUGGUUCAAUGGUAAUGGCACGCACGCUAACAAUACUAUCGUUAACCUGAAGUAUCCAAUUCAAGGUCGCUUUUCCAUCGAUUUUUCUGAGCAAAACUACGUAGAUUUGAUUAUAAAAAAUGUAACCAAAAAAGAUUCAGGAUAUUACACUUGCCAGGUUGUUGAUAAAGAUGCAACAACAUCAUGGACAUCAACUUCUUAUUUAGUUGUAUAUUUUAUGGAUCCUUCUAUUAUUUCAACAAAUUGGAAUAAGGAAAAGAACAAACGUGUAACUUUCUGCAGUUGGUCUAGAAUUUAUCCAGACAAUGAACCUAUUGUAAGAUGGUUUCUUGAUGGCAGUGAACUCAACACUACAAAAGCUAAAUUCCUUUCGUAUGGAGAAGAAAGAAAAGCAACACUAGUUAUUCUUAACACAUCUGAAAAAGAUUUUGGGAAUUACACAUGUAGUACAGUAUUACUGUAAAUACAAAUAAGGGUGUUAUGAAUAAGAUUUCCAAAGGAUUACAUACAACCGGUGGGUGUAUAUUUUGAUAUAAUCACAUACACACGCACACAUACACCCACCUCUUAGUCCUAACGUGUCACAUUUCUUUUAAUAAAAAAGAGGGUGUUGUUGCACCCACAAAUUUGAAAACGCCCACAAAUGUAAUAUUGCCCACACACGUGACAACCAGCGCUUACAAGUGUAAGAAACAAUGCCCACAAAUGCAAUCACGAUCAUCGCCCACAAAUGUGAUAACGCCCACAAAUGUGUUAACGCCCACAAAUGUAACAACAAAACAAGACCUCUUCGCCCAAAAAUGUAGUAAUUUUGUUUUAAAUUCGAAUGUAGGUGAUAAGACACAAAAACGGGAAAACCGCGCAUUUUGUGACAGAAGCAUGACAUUUUGAGCGUUUGAUUUAUAAGGCGUGUGAACAACAAAAUCAGUGGACGAGUGAUUUUCUAAACGAAGGUUCUAGAAUUAUAUUAUGUGUCAAAGGUUAUGUCAUUUUCAAAAUAUAUUUUAUUGGAAGAAAUAGAAACAUGCAUGUACUGUAGCCUAUGAAUAUUUUGAAAAAAAAAAAUAACUCCCGACCAGUGGUUGUCAAGAUACAGAUGUCCUAUAAAUAUUUUUCCAACUAUUGUGAAUAAUUUAAGCUAACUUACAUAUAUGGGGCAUGUGACUGAGGUAUACUUUCUGCAAUUCACUUUCGUCAAGUUCUCAAAACAUUUUAAACACAUUUGCUUGCCAUUUCUUUCCGUAACUAUAAUCAUUGCAAAAAAAUAUGGCGACUAUUUUGAAAUUUGUUGUUACAUUUGUGGGCGUUAUUACAAUUGUGGGCGUUAUUACAAUUGUGGGCGUUUUCAUAUUUGUAGGUUCAACUGACGUAUCACAUUAAACGUGCGUCAAAUACUAGUGUUGUAUUGGCAUACUGUAAACUGCGAAAUGAAUUGGACUCAGUCAGAUUCAAACUUCCAAAUAAACUAUCGAAAGCACAGUUGGUUAAGGCAUUUUUUUUUACAUUUCAAUUUCAAAAGACAUUGAUUUAUUUCCAUAACACCAACAAAAUAUGCAAUGCAAUAUGAUAUAAGAUAAAGACGAAAGCAAUCUAUGGAAGAAGGCAUGAUCCCAAGAAGAUAAAGAUCUUGUGCUGGGCAUGCCGUAAAGGAAAUGAAAGUUGAAAAAUCAUAAAAAGGAAAUCAAAGAAAAAAACAAUAAAUAAAUAAAUAAAUAAAUAAUUAAUUAAAUAAAAAAUAAAUAUAAAAAAUUUACAAAUAAGUAAAUAAAUAACAACUGAAGUUCAUUUAAAAGCAGAACAAAUCGAAUUAUGACUAAGGAUAUGAUAAGUUAUUAGUAUGAUAUUAGGUGUAGUUUGAUUUUCAUUGAGAAUGUUUUAAGAGAAACAGCAUUAAGAAUUGGAAGAGGGAGAUUCUUCAUCAUUGAAGUUCCUGAAUAUUUAAUGUUAUGCUGAAAUUAAUGAGUGUUGUGGGAAGGUAUGUGAAUAUGAGUUCUAGAUCCGUUUGGGUAAUUGUGAAUAGAGUAAUUGGGAAUAAACAUAUUGCAUGAAUGAUUUGAUAGGUUCAC